AUGGAUGCCAGCCAGGAGGGCAUGGGCAUGGUCCUGUACCAGUUGGGCCUGGAGAGCGACCAGCAUGUCUUGGAGUACGCCAGUGCCAAGUUUGGGCCAGCGGCAUACCGCUACCACAUGAACGAGCCGAAGUGCCCCGUGGUUGUGUGGGCAGUGGACAGGUAUCAUCAUUAUUUGAAAGGCAGGGCAUUCACGCUCAGGACGGAUAGCCAGUGCCUCAAGUGGCUGGACUCUGUGCAGGGGCAUAAAUCGAAAUUUAUACGAUGCAUCAAUGUGGUCACUGGACACUCCCCAGCUGAACUUCUGCAUGGACAGAACUUAGCCCUGCCAAAUUUGGGUCUUAGCGAGUCCACAUUUGUAAUGACAGUGAAGGAACUCAAUUCAAAAGGGGAAGAGGAGGAGGCCGUGGAUCCCAAGCGCGAGUCCGAUGUGCCCAGGUGGCUGCUAGACAUGAAUCUUACGGAGUGCCAAUGUGAGCAGUGCGCGAAUGCUAUGAAGAUAGUGCCACUACCGACCAUGUUGGCCAUAUCACUCCACCAGGUGUGA